AUGGGAGUUAAGGGAUUAUGGGCACACUUAGCCCCUGCUGCCAGAAAAAUUAACUUAGAGGAUCUUGAGGGCCAGGUACUAGCUAUUGAUGUUAGUAUUUGGAUUAUUCAGUUUAUCAACAUCAUUUAAAGAAAAAAUGAUUACAAUGUGAUAGAUGGUUUCUUAAGAAGAAUAUGCAAACUACUUUUCUUUGGAAUAAAACCAAUUUUUGUGUUUGAUGGUGCUACUCCACAGAUAAAGAAGAAAACUCUUAUGACUAGAAGAACUUAAAGAUAAAAGCUGUAGGUUAAUUAUAAUAAGGCUGCAGAAAAACUACUACACAACAUAGUAAAGGAAACACUCUUGAAAUAGAUCUAAGCAGGCUAAUAAAGAGAUCAAAAUUAAGAAAUAAGUUCUUUGAUGGAUGAUCAAAUGAAUCAAGUUAAUAAUGAAAUUAGAUAGAAUAAACAAGGAGAAGAAGAUGAGUAUAAUUAAACACAGUACUUGCAAAUCAAAGAUACUAAUCUGGGGGAGUUUAUUUCAACUGGAGAUGAAGGCAAUUAAAUGACUAAGAUUUUAUUGGAUAAGUAUGCAGGCUUGCUUGAACAAAAUCAGAUUGACUUUGAUAUAUUUGGUCAACUAGAUUUAGAAGAGCAAUAUGAAGUCAUCGAUGAACUCGAAAAAAACUAAAGAGAUUCAGUGAGAGAGAGAUUCGCUGAGAUUCAAGAUGAUCUUACAUAGUUUUCUGAAGUAUAGGUUUCUAAUUUCAUUAGAAACAUAAAGGAAAAGCAUAGAUAAAAAGAAAUUUUAAUUAAAGCAAGUGAGGUCGAACUCUAAGCAUUGGGAGAGGAGGAAGGUAUUAAGGAAAGUAGAAUAGCAUCAAAUGCAAAUCUAAGAUACAUUUACAGAGAUAAUUAUGGCAAAGACUAGGCUAAUGGAAGUGCUAGAUUCCUCCCUAAAAGUGUUGUAAACAUAAUAGAAAGAGCAAAAAUGAAGAGAAAAAUGCCUAGAGGGAAAAAUAACCUUGAAAAAUUAUUCAAGGAAGCUGAAAAAUAGACUGUUGAUUUCAUGGCAUAGCAAGAAAUAUAUGGAAAAGCUCCAUUAGAUAUAAUAAAAGCAUAGGUUCAAAAAAAUAAACAAGAGCAGGCCUAAGCAAACAACGAGGAGGAGAAAGAAAAAGAGAGGUAGAGACUACUGGAGUUAUAAAAAUUUCAAAAGGAAAGGGAAGAAUAUAUUGAUUCAUUAGUUGAUGAUUUGUUUGGAGGAGAUAAUGUAGAAAGCUAAGGGGAUGAUUUUAAUUUUGGAUUCUUUAAUAGUUACACUCUAAAUUCAGAAUUACAGAGUAACAUAAUCAUUUAGCAUCCAGCUUAGUUAGCAGAUUAAAAGCAUUUAAAAGAUAUAGAACUUAAUUAGUUUGUUCCAGAAGAAUUUUAAGAUAAUUAAGUUCAAGUUUAGGCAAAUAAUACUAAAACUUAACUCGGAAAAGAUUCUGAUAAUUAAAAGUUUAGUCGAUUUACUAAAAAUGAGAAUGAUUUAGAUCAGUAAUAAGAUGAGAAUAUUAACGUAAGUUAUCAAAAAUAAUAAGAUAAGGUUAUUCAAGAUGUCAAGUAGUCAACUCAUAUCCAAGUAAGACAGUAAAACUUGACUACUAAUGAAAAACUUGACUCAUAUCAUAAGCUUUAAGCAAAAGAAUCAAAGGUUGAGAGUAAUGAUCUUCCAGUUUCAAUUGUUUAAUAUGCUUAUAAUCGUCUAAUCGAUGUUAAUAAAAAUCUCAGUCAUUUCAGAGAUGAAAAUGAUCUAUAGAAAUAGCCUAACUCCUCUCCUAAGAUGACUAAUACUAGAAAGAGAAAAGCCGAAGAUACUACUGAAGAGUUUUUUGUGAAGACUUUAUAAGAGGAAGAUAAAAUAGAUAAAAUUGCUGAAGACGAGCAAGAUAAACAAUAAUCUACGGAGGUGAAAUUAGCUACUUUCGAUAACUAUGAAAAAGUAGAUUUUGAGGAUUUUGAUAAUCAAAUAACCUAAGAGCAUUCAAAUUAAAGUGGAUUCAUAAGGCCAUAUAACUCUUAUAAUAAUUAAGAUCUGGAAAGAUUAAAGCAGGAUAUUUUGGAGGAGAAUAUUUAUCUUAUCUCUGAACUUGAGAAGACAGCCAAACAUUUUACAUAUUUCAGUUAGGAAAAUACAUAAGAACUCAAGACUCUACUUAAGCUUUGCGGAAUACCCUAUGUUUAAGCCCCAUUUGAAGCAGAGUCAUAAUGUGCUUAUUUAGAAUAAAUAGGUCUAGUAGAUGGCGUUAUUACUGAAGAUUCUGAUGUAUUAUUAUUUGGAGCAAGAAAAGUUUACAGAAAUAUAUUCGAUAGAAAUAAAUUCGCAGAGAAGUAUGAUAUGAGAAUCAUAGAAAGAGAAAUGGGAUUAGAUAGAGAGGAUCUUAUUAAAAUGGCUUUAUUUUUAGGUUCUGAUUAUACACUUGGUGUAAAGGGUAUUGCCUCAGUUAAUGCCAUUGAAAUUAUAAACUGUUUCUAAGGUGAUGAUGGACUAGAGAGAUUUAAAAAAUGGGUUGAUAUCAAAUAGUAAAUACUAGAUCAGGCAACUAAAUAAUCUGAGGAAGAGGGUCUCUAAAAAAAGAAAUCUUAGAAGUAAAAACUUCUAGAGGCUAUCGAAUCAGCUUUGAAUGAUGAGGAAAUAGAAAGAACCUAAAUUGAAAUAGAAAAAGAAUACAAAUUGAAACAUAAAAAUUGGCGUAAACAUUGGGAGUUUCCAUAGGAUUUUCCCAACUAUGAAGUGAUUAAAUCUUAUAAUACACCUGCAGUCGAUUUAUCGAAGGAGGAAUUUAGUUGGGGCACACCUGCAUUUAGAGAGUUAAAAACAUUUGCAAGUAUGAAACUAGGUUGGGGUAAUAAAGAAUUGGAAACAUACUUUGAUAUGGUGUAGAAGAGAGUGAUUGAAAGAGAAGCUAAAGAUAAGAAAAAGGGAACCAUAGAGUAAUAUUUCAAAAAGGAAGAGAAAUUCGCAAAUAUAAAGAGUGUUAGAGUCAUAAAAGCAGUCAAAGACUUAAGGUAAAAAAAGAAAAAAUUUAAAAAGAACGAAUGA